GGGGUGGUUUGAGCGGCGGGAGCGGGAUACGGUGCGCGGGAGCGGCCAUGGAGCGGCGGGAGCAGGCGGCGGUGCCGGUGGCGCGGGUGGCCGGGGCCACGCGGGAGCGGUUCCUGCGCGACAUCUACCCCCGGAGGGAGCCAGUAGUGCUGAAAGGAAUGGAACUGGGCACUUGCACAACCAAAUGGACAGUAGAUUACUUGAGUCAAGCUGAAGGAUCUAAAGAAGUAAAGAUUCAUGUUUCUGCAGUGCCACAGAUGGAUUUCCUCAGUAAGAACUUUCUGUAUAGAACUCUGCCUUUUGAUGUAUUUGUACAAAGAGCAGCUGAAGUCAAACACAAGGAGUACUUUCUUUCUGAGGAUGAAAAGUACUAUUUGCGAUCAGUGGGUGAAGAUGCUAGGAAGGAUAUUGCAGAUAUCAGAAAGCAGUUUCCUGUUUUGGCAGAAGAUGUUCAGAUUCCAGAGUAUUUUGAGAAGGAACAGUUUUUCUCUAGCGUCUUCCGCAUCAGUUCGGCUGGAUUACAGUUAUGGACACAUUAUGAUGUAAUGGAUAACUUCUUAAUCCAAGUAACUGGGAAAAAACGGGUUUUUUUGUAUAGUCCUCGAGAUGCACCAUAUUUGUAUUUAUCAGGUACUAAGUCAGAGGUGCUGGAUGUGGAUAACCCUGACUUAGAGAAAUAUCCCCUUUUUGUGAAAGCCAAACGCUAUGAGUGUUUUCUGGAAGCAGGAGAUGUGUUAUUUAUUCCAGCUCUGUGGUUCCACAAUGUAAUUUCUGAGGAAUUUGGAGUGGCAUUGAAUGUCUUUUGGAAGCACCUUCCUGCUGAGUGCUAUGAUAAGAGUGACACUUAUGGAAAUAAAGAUCCCACAGCAGCCUCUAGAGCUAUACAGAUCUUGGACAGGGCCUUGAAAACACUUGAAGAACUGCCUGAGGAAUAUAGGGAUUUUUAUGCUCGGAGGAUGGUGUUACGCAUCCAAGAAAAAGCCUAUAGGAAUGAUAAUAGAUAAAAUAACACACUGUAAUUCAGCAAGCUCCCGUGAAAGUAGAAAAUGUAUGUUAGUAUGGAAACUGGCCAUGUAUACAUACAUACACUUUCUGUAAGACUAAUAAAAACUAUGUUGAUGAACAUUCAUCUAUAACAAAA